UCAAAAUUGGCCGUGGACGUUGAAGCAAGAACGAUGACUCACUUACAAUCCGGCUUGUCCCCAGAAACACUGGAGAAAGCCAAGGUGGAGUUAAAGGAGAACCCCGACACUGCACAUCAGGACAUUCAGGAGGUGAGGGACAUGAUUAUCACGCGUCCAGACAUUGGCUUUCUUAGGACAGACGAUGCUUUCAUCCUACGCUUUCUCAGAGCUCGGAAAUUUAACCAUUUCGAGGCGUUCCGCCUCUUGGCCCAGUAUUUUGAGUAUCGUCAGCAAAAUCUGGACAUGUUCAAGAACCUCAAAGCAACCGAUCCGGGCAUCAAGCAAGCUCUCAAAGACGGAUUUCCGGGGGUGUUGACCAACUUGGACAGAUAUGGCAGGAAAAUACUGAUUCUCUUCGCUGCUAACUGGGACCAGAGCAGGUAUACAUUUGUGGACAUACUUCGAGCUAUCCUGUUGUCGCUGGAGUCCAUGAUAGAAGAUCCAGAGUUACAGGUGAAUGGAUUUGUCCUGAUCAUCGACUGGAGCAACUUCACAUUCAAGCAAGCCUCCAAACUAACACCGAGUAUGCUGAGACUGGCCAUAGAAGGCCUACAGGACAGCUUCCCUGCCAGGUUCGGAGGAAUCCAUUUUGUGAACCAGCCGUGGUACAUCCACGCCCUGUACACCGUCAUACGCCCCUUUCUGAAGGACAAGACGAGAAAACGGAUCUUCAUGCAUGGGAACAACUUGAACAGCCUUCACCAGCUCAUGCACCCUGAGAUCCUGCCCUCUGAACUGGGUGGGAUGAUGCCCCCCUACGACAUGGGCACCUGGGCCCGCACCCUUCUGGACCACGCCUAUGAUGAGGAGACCGAGUACUGCCCCGAGUCCUACACCCUGUCUGUCAAAGACCUUGAGAAAGACCUGUCUCCUAAAACCAUGAAGAGGUCCCAGUCGGUGGUGGAGCCCGGAGUGCUUAAACGGCCAGAAAAAGUGAAGAGCGAGGAGGAGAACAUGCAGCCGCUGCUCUCGCUGGACUAAAGUACAGCGCGACAACACAAGCAGACCAGGAAACAUCGCCCUCAGACAGAAAGACAGACGGAGGGGAGACAAUCCCCAUGCUCCCUCCAACAACAAAAAAAGAACACCGAGACGUAACGAUGCGAGGGAAGAGAUCGGAGCAUGAGGAGAACCUCUUCUGGCAUCAUAAAGACGAGCAACGCCGGCAUUUUGAGAGAUAUUUCUAAAAACAAAAAGGGAAGAGAAGCUAAUGGCGGAGGUCCAAAUGUUAUUGUCAAGUGCCAAUUCAAAACUGUAAAUACACUUCCGAUCUAACCACUAGGAGGAUGGGGGAGUCAUUGUGACAGGAAAACAUGCAAAGACUGCUGUUAAUAUUCUGUAUGUGCUUCUCGUGAAAUAUUUUGUGAUAAAAGUGGUACCAUAGGAGGUUGAUGGGAAAUCACGCUUAAAGGGGAUUGAAAGCUGGGGGCUUUUGGUACAGUAUUUAACAUUUCCAAACCGGCAAGUGCAGCUCGGGAUUUGUUCUAAUAACGUUUGUUUUUUAUUUUAUUUUUUACAUUUAACCUUUAUUUAACUAGGCAAGUCAGUUAAGAACAUAUUCUUAUUUACAAUGAUGGCCUGCCAGUAACCAUGGGUUAACUGCCAGUAACCAUGAAAACAUGACAAAUGUCUCAUAUUUUGAAAUGAUUUAGUAUCAGCUAUUGGUUCAGCUCAGAAGAGGUAACAGUGUUGUCACUGUGUCAUGUGAUUCCAAAAAUGUGUUCCUGUUCAAGGAUGAUCUUGAAACGAUCUGUUUCCAUAGGAGAUGUUGCCCACUACUGCACACACCUACUUGAAAAUCAAUUUAGAUACACUAUUUAAAAUAUAUAGAUAUUAUUAUUAUUAGAAUACCUCAUAUCUUAUUUUAGGAUGCUGGAAGUUAAGAUGCAGUAUAAUGUAUACAUAUGAUAUCAAGCUUUUGUGAUGUCUGCAGGGGUACAGUCAGUUUAUGCCACUGUGUGAUCUUCCGUUGCUAGCUCCUUUGUUUCUCCCUGCAUGACGGUGAACCUCGAGGCAGUGUUCAGCUCUGCAGCCUCUGAGCCCUGACACAGUGCUGCCUUCCUGCUAUGCCACUAACAUGGAUUCACUCUGGCGUGUCUGCCUGGCUGCCCAGAACUAGGCCAGACAGAUCGACAGUCCUAAUACCCAGUGAUCACACGGUCCUGGCAAUAUCAUCUCCAGCUCGAUAACCGAGGAACUUAUGCUCUCAGCUGCUGCAGACCCAGGAACCUCUUUGGUUUCUUUGGUUAAGGGAGGGCGCCGUAACAACUUGUCAGUGUCACCCAGUCUGUCUGUAGUGACCGUCAGGUAGCGAUGUGUUAGAGGCGUUGCAAUAACCCGAUAGCUGAACAAUGGUAUUGUUGUCCGAAGCCUCAUUGAUCGGAUGCUGCUGUCUGUGUGUUUCACCCAGGUUUAAAGUAUUUCAUGUUUUUGUGUGAUGUUCGUCAGUAUUUGAAGGCAUCCAUGACUCGUUUGGCCUGUGCACUAUUCAGAUCAUCCUACAUUACAGGAUGAUGAUGCAACAACAGCAGCAGCUUUUUUGAAGCUGGAACACACGUUUGAGAAUUGAAUAUGUUAAGCAUCUGUAAUAUAAGACUGUUUUCAUGUAUGCAGACUUGCCAUUUCAACCAAAGCCCCCCUUUGACAAAACAGCGUCUUUAUUGUGUAAUGCUUUACUUCAUCCAUGACUUCAAGGUACAGUAGCGACUUCUUAUGACAGUUAAUAAUUGUUCAUGAAAUGAAUGCAUGUUAUUGCUUCGAGUUAAUCCUUUGGUUUCAUGUUUCCAAGUCAAUUUGAUUGUAUAUACUGUACACUACCGUUCAAAAGUUUGGGGUCACUUAGAAAUGUCCUUCUUUUUGAAAUUAAAAUGACUUCAAAUUGAUCCGAAAUACAGUGUAGACAUUGUUAAUGUUGUAAAUGACUGUUGUAGCUGGAAAUGGCAGAUUUGUUAUGGAAUAUCUACAUAGGCGUACAGAGGCCCAUUAUCAGCAACCAUCACUCCUGUGUUCCAAUGGCAUGUUGUGUUAGCUAAUCCAAGUUUAUCAUUUUAAAGGGCUAAUUAAUCAUUAGCAAAACAUUUUGCAAUGAUGUUAGCACAGCUGAAAACUGUUGUGCUGAUUAAAGAAGCACUUUCUUCUGAAACUCGUCAGUCUUGUCCCGAGAAAGGAAGGCUAUUCCAUGCAAGAAAUUACCAAGAAACUGAAUAUCUCGUACAACACUGUGUAUUACUCCCUUCACAGAACAGAGCAAACUGGAUCUACCCAGAAUAGAAAGAGGAGUGGGAGGCCCCAGUGCACAACUGAGCAAGAGAACAAGUACAUUAGAGUGUCUAGUUUGAGAAACAGACGCCUCACAAGUCCUCAACUGGCAACUUCAUUAAAUAGUACCCCCAAAACACAAGUCUCAACGUCAACAGUGAAAAGGCAACUCCUGGAUGCUGGCCUUCUAGGCAGAGUUGCAAAGAAAAAGCCAGACUGGCCAAUAAUAAUACAAUUUUAAGAUGGGUAAAAGAAAACAGACACUGGACAGAGGAACUUGGAUUAGCUAACACAACGUGUCAUUGGAACACAGGAGUGACGGUUGCUGAUAAUGGGCCUCUGUACGCCUAUGUAGAUAUUCCCCCAAAAAUCUGCCGUUUCCAGCUACAAUAGUAAUUUACAACAUGAACAAUGUCUACAAUGUAUUUUGGAUUAAUUUGAUGUUAUUUUACUGUACAGAAAAAAAUAGUGAUUUUCUUUCAAAAACAAGGACAUUUCUAAGUGACCCCAAACUUUUGAACGGUAGUGCACAUGUAGGGACAGAUAAGAGAGAAACUCAAAUUAGAGGUCUCGUCAAAUCACCGAUUAUUCAAAGCAGACGUGUUGGGAAGAGUGUUUAAUGUUUAAAAGUCCUUGAAAACAACUUGCUGAAUUAAAUUAUGUAAAUUAAUCAAACAUGAGCAACCAAUAAAUAUGGACACACAG